AUGGAUACAAAAAAUUUAAGGGCAGCCUCCCAGAAGGCACACAACUCUGGGAGGAUAUUAUUAGACCCCCCGGAGCAACUACAAAGGAAAGAUGUCGGGUUCCAGACCUCUGCAGUCGUACAGCAGAAGAAACCAGUACAUGAACAAGAAGGAAGAGGAGAGGGGUCGACCACGCCGAUUUUAGAUAUAACGGGGGAAACCGCACCCCCUAUGGAGGAAGCUUUCCCUGGUGGCAGCCAUAUUAUCGAGUGCGCCUUUAGAAGGAGAGGAUUGACAAAGGAAACCAUACAGAUUAUGAUGUCAUCAAUCUCCCGAGCAACCAUGGCACAGUAUAGCAGUAGUUUGAAGCUUUGGUGGAAAUUCUGCUUUACCAAUAACACCAAUGUAUAUUCUAACUGUACAAAACUUAUCUUAAGGUUCUUAUCUGAAAUGUUCCAAGAAGGGGCAGCACACGGCUCUCUAAAUUGUGCCAGGUCCGCUCUAUCCUUAAUUAUAUCAUCAGAAAUAGGUUCAGACCCUGAGAUUAAGAGGUUUUUUAAGGGUGUUCAAAAUUUGAGACCAGGCAAACCAAGAUAUAACUGGACUUGGAAUCCAUCUGUUGUGCUAACGUACUUAAGAAGCCUCUAUCCAAACAAAAGUUUAACUCUACAGAACCUCACAUUUAAACUUUCUACUUUAUUAGCCCUAAUUACUGCCCAUCGGGUGCAAUUUUCCUUGAUUGAACUGGAAAAUAUUCAUAAAAAUCAAUCAGGUUUUCAAAUUUUAAUUAAAGACCGAAUUAAAACUAGCGGUAGGAAUAAGUUACAACCAGUUUUACGUAUUCCAUAUUAUUUAAAAGAUUUAACUAUAUGCGCCGCUACCACCUUGGAUGAUUAUUUAGAAAAAACUUCUGUCGGCCAAUAA